AGCGCAGGGUUGAUGUGAGAGGUUAGCAAAUCUUGUUCCCUACGCGUCGGCGCUUAGAAUUUUUUUUUUGAAGAACUUCGGCGCUUAGAAUCUGGACGUCGUGUUUUUUUUGUGUGACGUAUUCUAGAAUAUUAUUUAGCUGCAGCUAUGAAGUGUGGGCCAACAAUUGGCACUGCCUUCGCGAUCAGACUCUCUGCGUGCAUGUUUCUGAACAUCGGUAUCGAUCAGUCAUCAGUGACAUGCCAACGCCCAGCAUGUCGAUGCAACGGAAAUGGUCGGUACAGUAACUUCUCUGCCGUUCAGAAUCAGAGCUAAAGCAUCCGAUAUCAUAAGGAAAGUGAAGCAGUGUGGGGGGCAUCCUGUAAUGGCGAUCACAGGCCAGUGAUCUGCCUGGCCGUUCAUGUGAAGAGCAAGAGCAGUGUCUUCGUCUGCAUCCGCGUGCACGAGAGGGAGGAAGGAACAGGGCCAUGUGUUGCUGCACUCUCCACCCAUGUGACCCACCACCACCAUCCCACCCAAUGGAAUGUGAUUGGAUUCGGACUCACUCCCCACAAGUGAAGUCACCCUCUCCCUCAAACCAUGAAACCACCGCUCUCCCCAAGUGUGCAGCAGCCCCCACUUUUCAGGAGGGGAAAGGAGCGAACAAUUUAGCUGAACCAGGGAGGGCCCACUGCCCAGGAAGCUGAGCAGGAGCAGCAGGGAGGAUGAGAAAAAAAUUAUCUUGCAUUUUUCAUCAGUGGACAGUUGUUGGAAUGAGGCAUGGCAAAUCUUUGCUCAGAUACAGUUGCAGCAGAAAACAUAGCUAUCGAAAUGGUUCCUUCUACUUCAGCCAUCUCGCAGUGAAUUUUGUUGGGAGUAAUUGUCAGUGUGCUUGCUUGCAAUUUUGCUGCUGCUUCCAGUCUUCUACACAUCUGAAAACUCUGAACUAAUCAAAGCACUUGGGUUGGCUUUGCGAAACCAUUUGUUAAACGCAUCACAGCAGCUGCAUGAUACCACUAGACCAAAAAUCGACAUCAUCACACAGGACACUGCUUCUCGCGCGCACGUCAGCGAGCGAGCGAGCACGGGUGAGGAGACAGGGGAGUGCUGUGCUCCAGUGCCGCUUGCUCCGCACCAGUUGCUCUGCCAUUUUUUUUCCUCUCGUUUUCCCUCCUCUUUCUGGCUGCGCUUUUGUCUCUCUUGUGCUCUCCAAGAAACCAAUCCAUCCAUCCAUCCGCCCGCCCAGCAAUCGAUCCCGACUCGCCGCCGGCUCGAUCCUCCGCUCCCCCGUCGCCUUUCGCCCGGAGGAGCGGCGCCGCCGCCGAGGGCGACGCGUGGCAACCAGAGCCAGGCACCGCACACCCGUGCGCCGCUUCGCCGACAUCUGCGCCGCCUGCUUGGGGCGGAAUGCGUCAGCUGUAGUCUGUAGAGGGCGGCUACGGCACCUUUCCAGCCUUUUCUUCGUCUCCUCCUCUUGGGCUCGAUCGAUCGGUAGCGUCAGCUGCUGUGCUCCACCAGCGUCUCCUCCACAAUAGUUGGCGCUCCUGUGCUCCCCAGCCCAAGCCCAGCAGAUCAAUCCAUCCGCCCAGAAAUCGAUCAUCCCCAGAAGACAAAGCGAUCCACUUGGAUAGGCCUUAUCCUUGCGGUGUCGUCUCCCCUCGAUUCUUGCAAGCAAAAGAUUCUUGCGAGAAGCCGGAGUGAAAGACGCCAGAAAUCAGCAGAUUUUGAAGGGAAGAUCCCGCCUUUCUUGCUCUCCUCGAUCCGACGAAGGCAGCAUUCAGGCCCUGCUGGUUCCUCUUCGCCGUGUUCAGCCAAAUGCAGUUUGAGCGGCCGCGGAGUACCGGGAGAGGGUGAAUUCUGCUUAUCUUUUGGUUGCUCUUUGGACUUGAUGAGACCUGCAAGAGCUAAAUGGUGGCAGUCACUGACGUUCAGAUGAGUCCGGUUGUGCUAGCAGCAGUAAGCAUCGCAUUUUUCAGUUUGCAGUUCCUGCGAGCUCAUGGAAGUGAACUGCUUCUGAGCUGUGGCUCAAACGGCACUGUUGAUGCUGAUGGGCGGAGAUGGAUCGGAGACAUGGGCCCUGGGGGGAAUUUUACCUUGAGCAGCCCUGGGCUUGCCACCCCACUGGCUGGAAAGAGCAAUUCUGAUGAAAUCUUCGGACCGAUUUACAGUUCUGCCCGUGUCUUCAAAACAACAAGUUGGUAUACCAUUAGUGUGCUGCCGGGAAGUUACUGUGUCAGAUUGCAUUUCUUCCCUUCGACAUAUGGGAAUUUCAGUGCAAAUGAGUCCGUGUUUGAUAUCACUGCACAUGAUUUCAAGCUUGCUUCAAAGUUCAAUGUAUCAGAGGAGAUUGUUUGGAGAAACUCUGCGAGCAAUUCAGUCAUCAAUGCAGUUGUCAAGGAGUACUUUCUUGUGGUUAGUUCUCGUGGCUUGCAGAUUGAGUUUGAUCCAAGCCCUGGGUCAUUUGCCUUUGUGAAUGCAAUUGAGGUCAUGCUCACACCAGAUAAUUUAUUCAAUGAUACAGUGAGCAAAGUUGGCGUUGCAGGCGUGCAGCUUCCUCUCGGCUUGAGUGACAGAGGUGUCGAGACAAUGUACCGGCUGAACGUUGGAGGUCCUGCACUUAAAUCGGCAAGUGAUCAGUAUCUCCAUAGGCCAUGGUACACUGAUGAAGCAUUCAUGUUUUCUGCAAAUGCUGCUCAGACCGUUUCCAAUACUUCAAGCAUAAUGUAUGUCUCAGGCAAUGACUCCUCCAUUGCACCAAUUGAUGUCUAUGAGACUGCAAGAAUCAUGGGCAACAACAUGGUUGUGGACAAGCGGUUCAACGUGUCAUGGCGAUUCUAUGUCCACCCAAACUUUGAUUACUUAGUCCGCCUUCAUUUCUGUGAGCUUGUCUAUGACAAGCCCAGCCAGAGGAUCUUCAAGAUCUACAUCAAUAACAAGACUGCUGCGGAGAGCUAUGAUGUGUAUGCCAGGGCUGGGGGAAUUAACAAAGCACAUCAUGAGGACUUUUUUGACUACUUGACACAGCAGGCAGACUCACUUUGGCUUCAGCUAGGCGCCGAUUCCAUGACCAGUGCUUCAGGUACUGAUGCACUUCUGAAUGGUUUGGAGAUAUUCAAGCUCAGCAGGAAUGGCACACUCGCUUAUGUGCUUGGCCAUAUUGACAUGGGCAACCAAAGGGAUUCUUCAAAAGGGGGGAAGAGAAAAGAGUUAUGGGAAGAAGUUGGUAUUGGUUCAGCAUCUGUAGUGGCAGUUACAAGUGUUGCUCUGUUCUCAUGGUGUUAUAUAAGAAAGAAACGAAAAGCUAUGAAGAAGGAGGCCCCUCCCGGUUGGCAUCCAUUGGUCCUCCAUGAGGCUAUGAAAAGCACUACAGAUGCCCGUGCAACCAGUAAAUCAUCCUUGACGCGAAAUACCUCUUCCAUUGGUCAUAGGAUGGGAAGAAGAUUCAGCAUCACUGAGAUUAGGGCUGCCACGAAGAACUUUGAUGAGUCCUUAGUCAUUGGUACAGGGGGAUUUGGUAAGGUCUACAAAGGUGAGAUCGAUGAGGGCACUACAGUGGCAAUCAAACGGGCUAAUACAUUAUGUGGUCAGGGUCUGAAGGAAUUCGAAACGGAGAUUGAGAUGCUCUCCAAGCUUAGGCAUCGGCACCUUGUUGCAAUGAUUGGCUAUUGUGAAGAGCAGAAGGAGAUGAUUCUGGUUUAUGAAUACAUGGCUAAGGGGACAUUGAGAAGCCAUCUCUAUGGGAGUGGCCUCCCUCCUCUGACAUGGAAGCAACGGAUUGAUGUGUGCAUUGGUGCUGCCCGUGGGCUUCACUACCUCCACACAGGAGCAGACCGAGGUAUAAUCCACCGGGAUGUAAAAACUACUAACAUUCUGUUGGAUGACAAUUUUGUUGCAAAAAUAGCAGAUUUUGGGUUGUCAAAAACCGGGCCGACGCUUGACCAGACCCAUGUUAGUACUGCAGUCAGGGGAAGCUUUGGCUACCUAGAUCCUGAGUACUUUCGGAGGCAACAACUCACACAAAAAUCCGAUGUGUAUUCUUUUGGAGUGGUGCUCUUUGAAGUUGCUUGUGCAAGGCCGGUGAUAGACCCCACAUUGCCAAAGGAUCAAAUUAACUUGGCAGAAUGGGCGAUGAGAUGGCAGCGCCAGCGUUCGCUGGAAGAAAUCAUGGAUCCUCGGCUGGAUGGUGAUUUUUCAUCAGAAUCCUUGAAGAAGUUUGGUGAAAUCGCGGAGAAAUGUCUAGCUGAUGAUGGGAGAAGCAGGCCAUCAAUGGGUGAGGUCCUGUGGCAUCUUGAGUAUGUGCUGCAGCUUCAUGAAGCUUACAAGCGAAAUGUAGAUUCUGAAUCAUUUGGAAGCGGCGAAUUGGGAUUUGAUGACAUAUCCUUCAGCCUUCCUCACAUCAGAGCGGGGGAAGAGGAACAUCACUCGAAGCCAUCAAGUAUCAGGGAGGAACCGGACACUUGAGGGUUUCUGUAUCCUGGCGACCCACCGAAAAAUCUUGCUUUGUAGCCAUGGUCUUGAUGUAAAGUUGAUGCAUAUGUUCUCUUAGGUUUUUAGGUGUCAGUUGCUUCUUAUUCUUUUGGGCGUUUACCUGCUUGACAAGUGUAGAAUAAUAGGGUUAUUUUUUUUGUGUGUGUGUAGAUUACCAAUCCGGGGGAAAAAAAAGGACACAGAAGUGUCAGGGUUUUCCUUAACAUCUGUAUGAUGCAAUUUGCAUAACCACCGUGUGUACUUCUGCCUGUGUGACCUGUAUAAAUGGCACUGAUAAUUAUUGAUUUACCUUUGGACUUGCUAAA